AUGCUGAGCUUCCUCGUCUUUGCCACCCUGGUCCUUCAUGGACACAGCACCCAGGACUUUCCGGAAACCAACACCCGGGUAGUUGGAGGGGUUGAGGCCCGGAGGAAUUCCUGGCCCUCUCAGAUUUCCCUCCAGUACUGGUCCGGAGGUAACUGGUAUCACACCUGUGGAGGGACUCUGGUCAGACGGAACUGGGUGAUGACAGCUGCUCACUGUGUGGACAACGGAAUGACAUUCCGUGUGGUGGUUGGAGACCACAACCUGAGCCAGAAUGAUGGCACUGAGCAGUACGUGAAUGUGCAGAAGAUCGUGGUGCAUCCAUACUGGAACAGCAAUAACGUGGCUGCCGGUUAUGACAUCGCCCUGCUGCGCCUGGCCCAGAGUGUUACCCUCAACAACUACGUCCAGCUGGGUGUUCUGCCACGGGAGGGAACCAUCCUGGCUAACAACAGCCUGCUACAUCACAGGCUGGGGCAGGACCAGAACCAAUGGACAGCUGGCCCAGACCUUGCAGCAGGCUUACCUGCCCACUGUGGACUACGCCACCUGCUCCAGCUCCUCCUACUGGGGCUCCACUGUGAGGAACACCAUGGUGUGCGCUGGAGGAGAUGGCGCUCGCUCUGGAUGCCAGGGUGA